UUGAAGUCACGUCCGGGUACAGUGCAUACAAAAUGGACGGUCGUGAUUGCUCUUCGAAGGCAUCUGAACCAACGUAUUAACACCUCGUCGUUCGUCCCCUAGUUGUUAACGCGGUGUUGCUAUUUAUAUUCAAAAUAAACCACUAAUAGUAUCUUCUUGUUCGCUCCCUGAAUCUCACCAUCAUUCCAAAGCCUCUCUCUCUGAUCUCUCUCUCUACAUGGACUACACAACAUCCACCUUUAACUCUUAUAGAUCCCUCCACUCUCUUUUCUCUUUGUAAAUUAAGGGAUCACCAAAAAAGAGCACUAGUAGUGCUUCCUCCUUGCUCCUUUGGCCUCUCCUCCUCUCUCAUCGACACAGAUCGAGAUCGGUAUGGAAGACGCGACAAGAGGCGAGGCAACGAUCAUAGAACUCGGCAACGGCUCUCGUGAUAACCACGAAGAGGUCGUUGACGGAGAGGCCGUCGCCGAUGUCAAACCGGCCUCACAACUUUUCAGCUUCGGCUCCGCCUAUAAAUUGCCACAGCGUAAACCUGCUAAUUACACUACGGUGCAGACGCUGUUGCUGGGGUAUCAGUCGCUUGGUGUGGUUUACGGGGAUCUCGGCACGUCGCCGCUUUACGUGUUCUCUUCGGUCACCUUGUCGAACCCCGGAGAGGAAGACAUAUUAGGUAUUAUGAGCUUAAUCUUUUGGACGCUUACGGCGAUGAGUUUGAUCAAGUACGUUAUGAUCGUCCUGCAUGCGGAUGAUCACGGAGAAGGUGGGACUUUUGCAUUGUAUUCCAUUUUGCGCCAACAUAUAAAUUUCAAGGAUAAGAUGAUCAUGCCAAGUACGAGGCUGGACUCGGAUAUAAAUCUGCGGUUUCAUAGUAAAAGCAGUGGGUUACGGUCGAAAGCGCAGAAAUUCUUCGAAGAGAACUCCAAAGUACAGACUGUUAUUACCUGUGUAGUAUUGCUUGGAACCUGCAUGCUGAUAGGCGACGGAGCCCUCACUCCUGCGAUCUCAGUUCUCUCUGCUGUUCAAGGAAUCCAGUCGAGAUCCACAAAGAUAACGCAAAAUCACGUCGUCCUCCUAUCGGUGGUAAUUCUGUUCCUCCUCUUCCUCUUCCAAAGAUUCGGCACGAGCAAAGUCAGCUUCUCCUUCUCCCCAAUCAUGCUCCUGUGGUUUUCCUUCUGUGCACUAAUUGGACUCUACAAUAUGGUCAAGUAUUACCCAUCAGUUCUCAAAGCACUAUCACCUCAUUACAUAUACUACUAUUUUGUGAGAAACAAAGCCAAGGGUUGGAAGCUCCUUGGUGCAGUUGCGCUGUGCAUAACAGGUGCCGAAGCAAUGUUUGCUGAUUUGGGUCACUUCAGCAAGAGAGGAAUUCAGUUGGCUUUUACGACAGUAGUAUAUCCCUCGCUGAUCCUGACAUAUGGGGGAGAAGCUGCAUUUUUGAUCAAGAACCCCGACAAACUAAGCACGGCUUUCUACAGUUCGGUGCCUGAGCCUAUUUUCUGGCCAAUGUUUGUGGUGAGCACUUUGGCUGCUGUCGUUGCCAGCCAAGCGUUAAUAUCCGCAAGCUUCUCCAUCAUUAGGCAAUCGAUUGCGCUCGGUUGCUUCCCGCGAGUGACCAUGAUACAUACCUCGGAUAAGUACGAAGGCCAAGUUUACUCCCCUGAAGUGAAUUACUUCUUGAUGGUUGCGUGCAUACUAAUCACAGUGGGCUUCAGGGGUGGUGCAGAGAUUGGAAAUGCAUUUGGAGUUGCGGUGAUUUGGGUAAUGCUUAUCACAACAUUUCUAAUGGUUGUUGUGAUGAUCGUCAUUUGGGAAACAAAGCUAAUCCUUGUAGCACUAUUCUUCGUUUCCUUCCUCACGAUCGAAGGCGUCUACAUGACGUCGCUACUGAACAAGAUUGUGGAAGGCGGGUGGGUCCCCUUCGCAAUCUCAGCCUUUUUCAUUGUGAUUACUCUAUCAUGGACAUAUGGGAGGAGCAAAAGAAGUGAAUACGAAGCAACAAAGAAAAUGGACAUGCAAGAAUUCGACAAAUUAGUAGGGAGCAGCACACGUGUGCCAGGCGUUUGCUUCUUCUGCACCGACCUAAUGAACGGAAUCCCUCCAAUAGUUCGACAUUACGUACAGCACAUUGAAAGCCUUCGCGAAGUGAUGGUUUUCAUCACGGCUCGAAUCCUUCCGGUCAGAUCAGUACUUCCGGAGGAAAGGUUUGUUGUAGCCAAAGUAGGUCCUAAUGGAGUGUAUAGAUGUUUGGUUCAAUAUGGUUAUAUGGAUAACCAUAACAUGGAAGGGGAUGAGUAUGCUGAAUCAGUGAUCUCCGCCUUGAAAGAGAUCGCUGAGAGCGAACAGGAGAUCGAGAAGCUUCAUUUGUCUUUGAAUAAAGGGGUAAUUUUUGUUCUCGGGAGGAUCAUUUUGAAGAUGAGCAACAAGCAUAGCUGCUUCGAAAGGUUUGUUAUAGACCAUCUAUAUAGGUUCUUGCAGAAGAACUUCAGGUCUAAUGUCGCCACGCUGAGAAUCCCACCAGGAAAGAUUUUGCAGGUUGGGAUGUUAUACGAGAUCUGAGGGGAGAUUCGACUUUUUCUUCUUCUAGUGUGAGGUUCGAAUGAAUUAAAUUGGUAUGCAGUUUGUGGUUUGGAGUUAUUACAUAGAUUGGCAGGAAUGCUUAUGUAUAAAGUACAAAAGGCUUUGAAUCUAGUCCAGAGUUUGCUGCCUUUGCUUUUUCUUGUUGAUAAUCUGUUGUUUUUUUUCUUAAUUGUGGCCUGGUUGGACUCUCAAGUGGCUCUUGUUUUAUUUGUGAUCGACUUCGAUAAAUUGUUUGUUGAGUUCUAAGUAGAACUGUUAAAAUUCC